AUGACGAAGUCCGAUUUUGUGCUGGGAGGCGUGGCCGCAAUGGGGGCGGUGAUGUUCACCAAUCCCAUCGAUGUGGUCAAGACACGGAUGCAGCUGCAGGGAGAAUUGGCGUCCCGCGGAACCUAUGUGGAGCCCUACAAGAAUCUACCCCAGGCCAUGGUGCAGAUAGUGCGCAACGACGGGCUUCUUGCCUUGGAAAAGGGUCUGGCUCCGGCGUUAUGCUAUCAGUUUGUCCUCAACUCGGUCAGGCUAAGCGUUUACUCGAACGCUUUGGAGCUUGGAUAUUUACAAAACACGGAUGGCUCCAUAUCCUUUUAUCGCGGCAUGUUUUUCGGUGCCAUGGGCGGCUGUGCCGGCACCUCUCUCGCUAGUCCCUUCUAUAUGAUAAAGGCACAACAGCACGCCCAGGCAGUUCAGUCAAUAGCCGUGGGCUUCCAGCACAAGCACACCUCGAUGAUAGAUGCCCUCCUCCACAUUUACAGGACCAAUGGCAUUCCGGGAUUCUGGCGCGGAUCGUUGGCGAGCAUGAGCCGGACGCUAGUUGCCUCCAGUGUUCAGAUUGGCAGCUUCCCCAAGGCGAAGGCCCUGCUAAAGGAUAACGGAUGGGUAACUCAUCCGGUUCUGCUUUCCUUUUGCGCCGGAUUGACCUCCGGUAGCCUGGUCUCAGUGGCCAACUCUCCAUUAGAUGUGGUCACCACUCGGAUGUACAAUCAGCCAGUGGAUGAAAAAGGACGAGGCCUAGUUUAUCGCGGCUUGGUAGACUGUUUUACCAAGAUCCUGAAGACGGAGGGUCUCCACGGGAUGUACAAGGGCUUUUGGCCCAUCUACCUCCGAACUGCCCCCCACAACACCUUGAUAUUUGUAUUUUUUGAUAAGUUGCUUUACCUGCGCGAUCAUUAUGUUUUCCCCCAGAACACAAAUUGAAAUUGUUUUUUCUUCAGGCUUAAAAGUGAAGCAGUGCAUUUGAUAAUAUAUUUUAAUAAUACAAAUACUACAAAAUUAUCGUAUGUUAACCAUGUUAUGUUUUUAUAACCCUUGGGGAAAUGAAAAGUAGUCUUCAAUUCUUGAUAUUGGAGUUUUGAAAAACGGAUUUCAAUCUUGCCAAAAUCUGGCAGCUCUGC